AUGAAUGCUUUUAUCACGUUUCUGGUGGUCCUGUUCCUGGGCUGCCGAGUGUCUGCAAUUCCAUACGUCCCGUCCCAUCUUCUGUACUCAGCGCAGUACAACGGAUCCAUUGCAUAUCUAUUGCGGCCCAGCGAUAGCAAUACAACUGAAUUCCUCUCAUUGAACAUCUCCAAAGACAUUGACAGCGCCAACCCCCAAUAUACGACCUUACUGGACGAUGCUCCAUUUCAGCUUUACAAGCAAAACCCUGCUCUUAUUCCGGCUAUCGACCAACACGGCAUCUUAAAAGUCUAUGCGGGAGAUUGCCAUAAUACUUCGGGGUAUGGUGCGUUAUGGCAGUUCACCCCGGAUGCAGCGAGUUCCACCGGCAAUGGGACAUGGGAGAGAAUCGAGGUAAAUGGGACCGGCCAGUCGAAUGUCAGCCUUCAUGGACCAAAUUAUCUCGCUGCCGGUUUUACAUAUGCCUCCACCAAUACAACUAACAGUUCUUUCUAUGUCUUUGGUGGAAUGUGCCCACUUGCAAGCGCCUCCGAGGCCACCUGGAUUACUGCCGCCAACUACUCACAGUCCAUGUUAGCGCUGGAGCCCUCCAAAACCGAUAGUCUAACUUCCUGCCGGAUCUCAGCGACCGGUGACCGCGCACCUCCGAUCCCUGAAGCUGGGUUUACGAUUACCCCGUUACAGGCAACAUAUAGGUCUACGUCGAGUGGCACAUUGCUACAACAACAAGAUUUUCUGAUGAUCGGAGGCCAGACUCAAAACGCAUUUAUCAAUAUGUCACAGGUCGCUGUCUUUUCACUUCCGCAGAGCAGCUGGAGUUUUGUCACGAUUGAUUCUACACAGAGCCUGAGCCGAACGGAGCUCGCCAUUCGGGAUCCCUCGGUAGUGGAACCAAGGUCCGGCCAUACAGCUGUUCUUUCCCCAGAUGGAAGUAAGGUGAUUGUCUUUGGAGGUUGGGUUGGUAGUACCAGCGUUCCUGCCAAUCCACAGUUAGCUAUCCUCGAACUGGCAGCUGACUCUAUAGCUCCGCCGAAUGGGCCUGGAAAAUACCGCCGACCAGAGACGCUGGGGUAG